UCGUUGUUGAUCAUUUUAUCAUUGAAAACUCUUCAGCAAAAAAAUUGAUGUUUUUUUUUUCUUUAAAAAAAAUGAAUAAAUGGAUAAUAUCCUUACGUUUUAUAUCGCUUGUGGCACAUUUAGUCCUUGUCAUUUUAUUCAUUUCAAAUCGUGAUUAUAACGUAAGGAUAUGUUUAUCAUGGAAUCAUACUGAUAAUGAAUAUUGGUCAAAAGAUUAUGAAUUGGUAGUUGGACUGUCCCUUUCGAUCGUAUUUUUAAUACUCGAAUUAUUGUCAUUCAUUACGGGUAUUACAAUGAUACAUCCUAAACAAACAUUAUUUUCAUUUUGUUUGCAUACAUUCGGUACAAUUUCAUUAACAUCAUUCAUAUUGGAUGGUUGGCAAUGUCAAUUAUUUUGGUGGUUAUUUGUUGGAACAAUUUUAUUACCAUUUUUAACUGAAUCCUAUAUAGUAAUACAUACUAUUCUAUUAUUAUAUAAUACAAAUCUAACCUAUAUGUAAUUGAAAUGUCAAAGAAAAAGAAAUGGUAAUAAUUUAAAGAGGUCAGAACCAAUUAAAACAAGCAAGAAAGAAAAAGAAAAAGAAAUAAUGACCAAAAAUUUAUAUUGAAACGAAACGAAAAUGAAAUAAUCUAGACCAGCUGGAUCAAGACAACAACAGAGGCAACCGAAAAAUAUUAUUACCCAGCAUCAUCAUCAUCAUUAAAAUUGAUGUUGGUUGCGAAAAAAAAAUGUUCCAAAAAACUUGUUGCUUCAUU